AUGGCAAGCGUCAUCUUGCUGCUGUUCUUUAGUAUGUUCGCCCUCGGCGGGGCGGUAAUGGCCGGAAUUCACUUUGGCACUGCCGAUCCUGCAGGAAACCUGGGCUACUUAGGGCUUCUAUUUGCAGUGCUGUGCUCUCCUGUGAGAUGGGCUGCGCACAUCAUACGCAAAAACGUCCACCAAAAGAAGAUACUCCUGCAAAACCUGCAGCAGCACAAGCUCAGCAACAGCCUCUGCCGCAUGGACUUUGACCGCAGCUAUGUGUACAAGGCCAUCACUGCCUGGUGCGGCAGCACCACAAGGUUUGAGGAAUAUGUGCAGGGGCCCUUGCAAUUCGAGCUGGCUGGGGACACUCACCGGCUCAGGCUACCGUUGAGGUUCAUGCUGCGAAUUUCUCCUUCCUGUCAUCAGUGUUGGCAUUGA